CGUAAUUAUCGCAAGGGUGUAUCAGCAAUGUGCAACCAUGCAUCCAUGCCAAAACUAUUAUAUUAGAAAUAUUUUGCAACCAAAAUUUUGGCGUAGUGCAAUUUCGCUGUCUUUGAGUGAUAUGCGGCCGCUUUUAGUACAAAAUCAAUUGAUUUUGUACAUACAAAUAAAACUUUAACUCGCAGUUUGCCGACUAUAUAUCACGUUACGUUGGGUUAAAGCGAAAGAUUUAUUUAAUUCAUCGUGGCAAAUAUCAAACAAGGAAAUAGAACCCGCAGAAUAUUGUAGCGUCCUUUCUGCUUCUCAAUUUUGAACAGUGCGACAAUACAGCUGGUACUAGCCUAGGUAUUGUAAAAGUAAAUUUACAAGAUCAAGAAUACUACUUAUAGCAGGUAUAUAUGUAUAACUAUGUAAUAUUUGUUAUGAUAGACUGGUGGAAUAUUCGUAUGAUCUGAAUUAUGCAUUCAAUUUCAUAGCAACCGUGUAAUAUUAGACACGUCUCAUAGACCCAUGGUUUGUCGGCAAACUAAAUUAAUGCUGAAUUUCUCAGGUUCAGUGAAAUUCAUUCUUGAAUCACAACUUAUUGUUUCAAUACUCCAGCUAUCUGGCGCGCGACUUUAAACCUUUAUUGCUUUAAUUAAAAAAGACACUACACUUCUCAAAGAGUCCAAAACGUUCGGAAUGGAAUUUGUUCAAGGAUUAAUUAAAUUCAUUUGGGAAUGGUCGACAAGGAGUUAACAUAUGAAAGAUAUUACAUGUAAUGAAUGUCAUGUAUCUUAUAAGCAAUAUCCAUGCAGAAUACUGGACCUCCCCAUUCCAGCCCAGUCAAGCAGAAAAUCUUUUGUAAUUCAACCAAAAUUUGAUGGAUUUGUCCUUGACAUAUGACCAUUGAUUCCACAAUUUACCUUCUGACGUACAAACACAAACUAACAUGCACACGAAGUCCCAAAAGCUAGGUGAAAAUGCAUUUCUGGCGGAUCCGAAGUUAAAAAAAAGUUUCACAGGAGGCAGGAUCGGAAGUGUGUCUCAUAUUUGCAUAUCAAGUUUCAAUUGCUAUCAAAGCCGGAAGAACUUUACACCAUACAAAACAACACACCAUAUUAUAGCGUUAGGUGGCCAAUUUACAGGAAUAUUUGUUAAGCAGGUAAGUAACUAUGUAAUAUUGUAAUAAACUUUUAAUUUGAGUGAUUCAGCAUUGACUUUUGGUACUAUUCGUAUGAAAACGUAUUAUAUACAGUAUGAUAUUAUAGUUCAUUGCCCCCACAUAUUUCCGUUCUCUGACUCUGGUUUGUUUACCAAGUUAUGUAAUCUCAAUGAAAUUUAGAUAUGUGUCCAAGAUACAGUGGAAGGGCUCUGCUAACUGACUUCAUUCUGAGGACAAGUACAAGUACAAUUAAGUAAAUCUGCAAAGAACUAACUAUAUUAUAUAUGCAGUAACAGCUUAAUCAGCCUGAAUUAAUACAAAAUGUAUAUAUAAGCUUUUUGCACGGGCCACAUUUUCUCACCUCAUUGUAUGUGAAAACUGAAAAGUGUAUAGCUAGUAAGUUUCUAUCCGAGGGUGUCCAUUAUAUGAAGAUUUUGCCACUACCCCACCUAACCCAACACCCCUGAUUCACCCUUAGAAGUUCAUAUAUAGCAACCAAAUUCAAUAUCAGAUAAAUAUACCUAAUGGUUAAUCCCUCAAUUUAUAAAAUACAUUGCCAACCCAAUGUUUUCACAUUCCAGUCUAAUGUGAUGGUCUGGGGCAAUCGGGACGUUAGAUUACGCCAAAAGACACUAAAUUGCUCAGGAUUUUAGGCAUCUAAGAAGGAUUUUGACUUUUGUAGAUGUAAAUUUCGAGUGUGAAUUUUUGAACAUUUAUUAGACCUAACCAGGAACAGUUGCGCAAAAUGUAACUAUAUAUAGACCCUCUGGCAGGAAUCAAACCCGCGGUCCUGUAACCUGAAGUUCAGGCUCUAAUUUGAAAUAGGGCCUGACACAAAACCUGUCUAGAGCGUGGGACGCCCACAUGUUAUUUUUAGACACACACGCAAUAUGAUUGACAAGUGUUGUAGAUUUCGUUACACAAAAAAAUUAUAUUCUCAUGAACAUGUCCGCAGAGCAUUUUGCUUUUUAAUUAAACUUAAAAAUUCAAGGUACUUUUAUACAAUUAAGAGUCAGUUGCUCUAUUUAACCGAACAGGCGAACAGCAAACAAAGAUUUAAUUAGUCAGUUAUGUGCACGGCUUGACUGCCAAGCUUUCUCAAGGUCUCAACUCGCUGGACGCGGAUAUACUCUAACGACUAACGGGCUAAUAACAGCAACAAUUAAAUUCGCAAUCAUACCACGAAGAAGGCGAUGUAGCUCAGAAAACAACGCCGGUAGGAACUGAUAUUAGAAAUUAGACUUUUGCCGGCGAAGCAAUUUGGCAGAACAUCUUGGCUGUCAACAACAAGCUUUCGAAUACAUGACUAGUUUGGCUGUUCUUUCAGCGUCGUGUGUAUCCAAAAUUCGUCAAAGAUUUUGAUGAAGCCCUUUCAAAAUACUGUUUGUUUGAUUUAUUUUCUGCCAUAAAGCAUAAAAGAAAAGAAAUUCGAAGAAAUCGAUAAUGGAAUUUGUUACGUGCGUUUGACCUUUAUAUUAAUUCUCGCCUUGACCAAGCUAUUUUUAAAACUGUUGUUUAUGUGAACUUGCAACCAAUCAAAAUCCUUCAUGAUGCUGAUCAACCAAUCAGAUUUCCCGUCCACCAGGUGGACGGGAAUCCCACACUUUAGAUAGGUUUUGUGUCAGGCCCUAUUCUGUGAUAGGGUCUGAACUUCAGGUUAGCAGCGCUCUAACCAACUAAGCUACAGAGUCCAGUUGUCGAGCUGUACUAGAUACCAGGUGAUCUCGUGUUCGUAUUUUAGCCAAUCAGCACUCAGAAAGGGUUGUCCGAAUAGAAAUCCAUUUUGAUGUAUUCAGUCAAUUAUAUCUUUCGUUAUUCUUUAUGAAACUAGUUGAAAUUUUGUAGUUAUGUUUGGUUAUGAGAACUAUAGCUCUGACGAAAAUAUGGAAUCGAAAUAAUGUAUAUUACAGGAGAUAUUCAGUUGUUUUAAUCAUAAAAUGGAUUUCUAUUUGACAACUAGUGCCAGUACUUUUCCGCGUAUCAAGAUCACCUGGUAGGUAUUACAAUCGAUCAAUAUUUUUGCUAUGUAGUGCUAUUUUAAGAAAUAUCCAUAAAUCAUCAUUUAUAUAAAAUAAUAGCAAUAUACCGCAAACAGCCUUCAAUCGCUAUCACGCAGCCUCCUACCGUAUUUUUGUUCCAUGUAUAUACCGUAGCUUUUAAUUUAGACGAAUUUUCUGUGGUGUAGAGGGUAAAAUACUGCACCCUAUACUCCUAUAGUCAGCGCAUUGAUUCAGGAAAUGUUUAGUUUCUUUACGUUUCGGUUCGUUUUGUUUAGUUUAAGCCUAAGAGGACGGUUGUUCGAAAACCAUCAGUAGGUUAACCUUCAAUUCAAAGCAAGCAUCCCCUCAGUUUGUUUAUAAAAUUGGAAAUAUUUCUUCAGUACUUUUGCGUGGAUCAAUAGGAGUUUUGUUUUCUGACGUUUUGUAAUAAACAAACGUGCAGAGAGAGAGAGAUACACAAACUAAAACGACGGGUAAACUUUUAAUCCAGGGGCGGGUUGUUUAAAUCUGGGUUAGCGCUAACCCUCGGCGCGGUUAAAAUUUAACCUGCUGUUUUGGUUUAUGUAUAUUUCCACACGUCUGUUUAUUUCAAAACUUCUACUGGUCCAGACAAUACUUCUGAAGAAAUAUUUGUAAAUUUAUAAAGUUUGCUUUAAAUUUUAGGUUAACCUAGGGUUAAGCUAUUAAUCUGCUUUCGAAAAACUGGCCCCAGGGUUAGAUCUAAUCCAUAUUAAUUUGAAUUGGCUUUGUUGUGUGUCUGAUGUAGCAUUUCCUUCUUCAACCAUAGAUUUAUUAAUAUUUUAUUUGUUUCAUAUAUAGAUUAAUAUCACGAGAUAUAUGACUGGUUUGGCGUUUGCCAUAUUACUUGGUCUCUAUUUUUUGUUAUUUCCUUGUAAAGGUAAGAACUCUAUUAAACUAGACAGAACAAAUAAUAGAUUAAUUGUCACAGUUUUUUCUCGAUAAGCACAACAAGCUAUUAAUACUCAAGGUUUUGGUUUUAGGGAAUAUAGGCCUGACGGAACAAAACAUAUUUAUUUAUACUAUUGGGUGCUUUUUCGCAUUCUUGAAUCUAGCUCUAUAUGACUAUGUAGUGAAAACAAUUAUAAUCUUGCAUGGGCAUAACGCUUGAGUCCAUUUCCUGCAGCGCUGCAAAGUUUAUCAUGUGCAUUCAGAAAACAAACUUCGCGAUUUCAUCUCGCCGUAAAUUCAAAUAUCUGAACACUUGUGAGGAAUUUUGACAAUGCGCAGCCUUGCAAGAUAUAUGUUUUCUGAGCAAACGUCUUUAAUAUUUAUUCCGUCAUAUUUUUUAUAAAAGAUCACCGGCCGCCUGUUGGACUUGUUGGGAUUAAAUUGGACUUCUUUACUUGGCUACAAACAUACCGCAUUACCGCUAUAGUUAGCUUAACUGCAUUUGCUUAUUUUUUGUAUCUCAUGCCACAGUUGCGAUGUGUCUUUUAGCCAUCCCCUUUCCCCUGCAUGCACGAUUCCCCUUGUAACAAUUAAUAUGUGAUUGUUAUAGUAAAGCACUCUUCCCAUACCCCCAAUUAAAACAUCACAUAUUCGUCUGUGAAGCACCCAAUCAUGGAUAAGUUCUAUAGGAACAUUGGCUGACCCUGAAACGUAAUCUGUUCCAUUAUUUUUAACUUUUUAAAAAUUAGAUUUUUUGUAUUUAUAGGAUUAGGAGUGAUCAUUUCACCACGUGAUGGAACAAAGCUUACAUUUGUACCUGGAUCAAGUAGGAAUAUAACAUGGACAUUUGAUGAUGCUAAAGCAGCUUACCGGGAUUGGUCUUUCACAAGUAGUGACGGCUUAGGAAGUGGGUUACUUGGAGGAAUAGUUUCUGAUUUUGAGCCUCAAACAACAACGGACGUCUUACCCGGGGUUAACAUAAUAAAGCCAGGAACAUUGGCUUUAAGCAAUGUUGAUCAAAAUUAUAAUGGAACAUACACCUUUCUCCUUAAAGUAAAUGGCAAGCCAGAUGAUACGUCUGAUGUGAUUGUUUUUAUUGCAAGUAAGUUCAUUAAAAAUAUGCAAUAUAAAUUAUUUGAAGGUUUCGUCACGGACAGUUUAUAGAAGGGACAAGGCAGCAUGUAUGAAGAUCCAUGCAUGCAUGUAUGCAUGGGCAUGCUUAUUAGAAGUUAUCAUAUAUAACUGAUUAAAGUAUUUAAGACAAAAAGAUUCAGAUCUAUUCGAUCAUUUUUGAAAAUCGAACAUGCAUAAUUAUGUCAACAACCAAAAAUUUUGAAAUCCAAUGACGAAGACUAUGCAAUUAACGUCGCAAAUUUAUUCAGCAGUUUGGCGGUCGCUAGUUGUACGGCGUCUUCAUCACAUUUUUCAUACAUGUGUAUAAAGUCUCGAUCAAUGCAAUAUUUUGAAAUACUUCUUAUAUGAAAUAAUUUUUAUACUGAUCCACACUGGAAAAUUUAAACAAUUUGCAAAUUUUGGUUUUCUAAACUUUCUAGAAAAUUUCCGCGCUUUUUCUCGAAGAUCUCUAUAUACUAUAUAGAAUUUUAGAGGUUGACCGAAUUUCAAACCUUAUUUCAGGUAAUUUCUCCGUAUUUUCCACAAUAUGAGAGUGUUUCAAAUUUUUUAGUGGUCCGUGCAUUGCCUCCCAGAGAAAUUGGGGGGCCCUGGACAAAUUUGUAAUUCGUGGGCCCUAUUUUUCCCCCAAAAAAGUUGGUUAGCGAGGGGGGGUUGGAAAAAGUUUUUUUGACAUCGCUUUAUUUUACUACCGGUAUUAUAAAAUUGUCAUUGUCAAUGACUUACUGGCCAUUUUCAAUGAAAAUCCGCAUCAAAAUCUAGUUCAAAUUUAUCCAAAAUACCGUUGGCAACAAAUUACUUUAGUUCGCAACAAGUCCCGAAAACGCAUAAGUGCAUGAGUAUAUCCUGCCAAAUGAUAUCUUUAGUAAACAAGCAUUUAUUGACUUCAAUAAUUCUCUCCAUGACUGAAUUUAUUUAUUUACUCGUCCUUUAAUUUUUAAUUUUUUUGUUAAAACAUCGAUCUUUGCCCAACCUUAACUUUACAAAAUAACUUUACCGUACAUUUUUAGUAAAGCCAACUGUGACAACUUGUUCCAGUCCUGUCACAGUGAUUGAAGGGAAUGAUCUUACAUGUGAAUGUCAAGGACAGGGUGGUAACCCUGCUGCCAAUGUAACAUGGUUUAAAGAUGACAUACAGAUCGGUAAAACAGGAAAGGAAGAACAAACAUUAACUCGACGUAAUGUUAGUGCUGCAGAUAGCGGAACGUACAAAUGUGUAGCCGAGAGCUAUCCAGAUGCAAAGUUUAAAGAUGAAAGAUUAAUCACAGUUGUAGUAAAACUUAAAUGUAAGUAUAUCGUUGCCGUUGGUACUCAAGUUAAGCAUUAUACAGUAUUUCAGUGUAUAUUUAGUAAUAGAACUACUGUUCAUAACCUUACUACUAGCUACUAGCCUAAAUAUACAACAUGCAUGCAGUGACUGUUUUAUACUGACUGUGCAAGAAUAGAGCUUUGCAAUACAGGAUAAAUUGCUAACGAUUCACACGCAUGAACGAUUAGUGUAAUUGCAUGAACUAUAUAUAAACUAUAAGCUUUCUGGCUGAAAUUGAUCUUGCAUGUGACCUUUUGUUCUUCUGCUUUAAAUUCUGCAACUUCUUCAGCAACUUAAAAACAGGAAAAUAAACAUUUAAAUUAUAAACUGAAAUGUUGAAAUAUGCAACUUAUCCUCGAACAGAAUUCAUUUAAUUUUAAACAAGACUCUCUAUAAGCGUUAGUUGUAUGCUACGUGUUACUCAUGCAAAGUUCUUCUUUCUUACAUUUUAUUCAAUUAACGAGUAUUUUUAACUAAACUUUUUACAGAACAUUGUUUGUUGUUUUUUCUAGCGCUAGACUAUAAUCUGAGCCUGUUUCCUUAGAACUGCCACUGAUACUUAUUUGAGUGUAAUAGUCGUUCUAUAAUUUUUACGUUACUAAAUCAAACAUGCAACGUAACGCCUUUUUUGAGACAGUCAGCAAUUGUCUAUUUUCAUUAGUAUGAUAGAGAUUUUGUUUCUUCACAGUUAAACCUAACGAGACAGCCAUUAGGCUUACACCAGAAAGAUCUGUAAUUGGUGAAUCAGUUAACAUAACUUGUGAAUCUAGUGGUUUGCCUAAGCCACGUUAUUCCAUAAUCCAUAAUGACACUGAGGUAAGUAGUGAGAGGACGUAUACCAUAUCCAAAGUGAACUGGAGUGAUGCUGGAACAUAUCAAUGUACUGUGGAGAAUGAACUUGGACGUAAUUCAAAGUACUCUUGUUUGACCGUCGUAGGUGAGAUAUUCAAAUCACCAACUAUUUAUAAAACUGAAAAUGUUAUGCCUAUGACACGAAAUUUCACCCCAAAUGUUUAUGAAUACAUUGUAAAGAUCACUUAAAAUGACUUAAUAAUUUAUUUUUUAGAAUUUUGGUAACUUGCUUCCUUAGCAAGAUAUUCAACUUUGUUUCAUAUGCAAAUAUCACCGGUGUGACAUCACAUCGCAUAAUGACAUUUUGAAAACGCAAUAUUUUACCUUGAUAAAAUAUUUUUACAAACAAAUACGGAGGGUUAAUUACCAGUUAUGAAAUUAAUAUAUAUACAGGGGGCAAUUUUUAAGUUUUUUAGAUACGUAUUGUCACGCCGGUGAUAUUUGCAUAUGAAACAAAGUUGAAUAUCUUGAAAAGGAAGCAAGUUACCAAAAUUCUAUAAAAAAAUUAUUAAGUCAUUUUAAGUGAUCUUUACAAUCCAACCAUAAACAUUUUGGGUGAAAUUUCGUGUCACAGGCACUUUAACAUUUAAUGAUCUAGUUUACCGACAUGACUUGGCAUGAAACAUGAUUGGACUGAUGGGAUGAGAUGGGGCUACGGAAUGCAUAUUGGAGUCCAUUUUAUGUGUUUUUUUUUUGUAUAUGCAUUUGUGCUCCUCAUUCUUGUUAUUCAUAGUUUCAGGUUACUAGAAAACUUAGCUUUAUAUACAUUAUCUUAAUACUAGUCUAAGUACACCUUCACGAGUGCACCAGCUUAAGUACACGGCAAUAAUCAUUGGAGUACCAGUGAGGUACGGCUGUAAAUAUUGAUCCAUUUUAAUUAUGAACGAAAAUAACUUUGCCUGCAUAAUUGUAUCUUCGUCCUUUUUUCUCUCUUCUUUCUGACCACUACAGUUUACAAAUAAAAUAAUUUUUAAAGAGCACCGCCCUCAAAUAAACCCCGAAUCCAAAGCACAAAAAAACUGAUGUAAUAAGUGGUAGUCUAUUAGGUACCAUUUCUGCACCAGAAUGAUACCUACUGCAUUAUUGUGCGAUAUUCACAAGUGUCCUAUAUUCACCAUCACCAUAUAUAACCACAAGUGAGCACUAAUUAUCAGAAAUUUAAGUGCAAGUAACUGAAAAUUAACUUUAUUAUGUCCAUUUAAUCUUACUUCUCUGAAUGAAUCAGGGCAACCUAAUAGAAAAAAUAUACUUGCAAGUGAUGAACCAGGCGGGAAUCGUAAUCGUAGUAUAAAGAUUAAUUCCCAGCAUAACGUACGCAAAAGAGCCAUAUAGACAAUAAUAUAGACAUAAAAUUUAGUUAAGAAGUACUAACGUUUCGUCUUUAACCUUAGACAUCUUCAAGUAGAAGAUGUCUUAAGAUGUCUUAGGUUAAAGACGAAACGAAAGAUGUCUUAGGUUAAAGACGAAACGUUAGUACUUCUUAAAAAAAAUAUACAACUUGUUAUGCAUUAAUAAUGUUGACAUAUACGGUAUAUAAUAUCCAUAGAUAUCUUAUAUGCAGUAUACUAGAUAUAGUGCAUUUAAUUAUUCUGCAAUACAAAAAUUGAACUCGUGAUUGCAGACUCAGGAUAUUCCCAUGAAAUGAGAAGACUCGUAUGUUUUCUAUUUCUUAAACAGGGAACUUAAACAUUAAGUUAAACCUAUUCCAAAUACAUUUUCAAAUUGUUCAAAUGAUGAAAGUUAUUGUUGUUUUUUAAGCGUUUAUUAGCGAGUGGGAAACUCCAACAUGGCCGCCAUCUAUUCAAAUGGGGGUAACCGCUGGAAUAUUCUUGGCUUCAAUUUUACUUAAAGAGAUGCGUUAUCUAUAGUGUAUAUAAGAUAUCUAUAUGAUAAUAUCGCAUCAGCAUGUACAACACUGUCAUUGGCAUCUUCUCAGUUCCUCCGCACCCUGCAUACAGGUACAAGUAUUUUGAGCUAUCUAACUUGUCAAUUUUCCAAAUGUUUCUCUUCAGGAGAGAAAGCAGCUUCUAAGAAAGUGGAUUGUGAGAGCAGCACUGAAACUGUUGUAGUAUGGCAUAUCGUGGUAUCUUUGGUGUCUGGAGUUAUCAUUGGGCUUUUUCUUUCCCACAUUGUCUCGUGUUCUCGUCGUCGCUGGUUUAUAAACAGAAAACCUGGACGAAGUUCUGAACCAAAGACAGCUGAUAUUGAUACAACUUAUCAAGAGCUUGAUCUAACAAAAAUAAACACAGAAGAUAAUUAUCAGUCGUUGAGAGUGAAUGCUGCAAGUUAUGACGCUGGAAAUCGAGCGGCAAAUGACAAUGACUCUACUUAUACUGAGUUGAACAAAACCAGAGAUGUGGAGAACAACUAUCAAUCUUUAACUUGAACCUGGAAUAUCUUUUGAAGAUAAAGGUAGCCCCCUUCAUGCAUCUUCAUUGGGAUCACAUGUACCACAUGGUUUAAAACCACAGAAACCAGGGUAUAAACUUUAGCGAUGCUUGCGGAGAAGGGCAGAUUAAAAAUCAAGGAAAAUGUUUUUAUUCAACAGUGGGUCUGAGACUGUCCCAUGCAUGGGUCCUUUUUAUCGAAUAAAGAUCGAUUCUUUUUCUUCUCCAGACGUAAUUGGCAAUGGCUGCGCUAACACCAAACCCACCACACCUGCACAUCUGGUCUCCCCGUCUGUUUCUGGUUCCCUCAAUAAGAUACAUUCACAACCAUGCACAACGCGUCCAGCUUGUUUUAGCACGAAAAACUUUAUAUUACUUGUCAUGCCCUUAGCACUAUUUAACAGUCAAUUUUAAACAGUUUGAAAAAAUCAACAACCGACCCCUGACAUAUGUAGCUAUACAAACGUUUACACAUGCCAAAUAUGCACAAAGUCUAAAAAAGUUUGAACUA